AUGGCUCCGACCCUCCGCUCCUCUUCCUCCCGUAUUCACUCCCGACCCAACACACCACCUGAUGCGCCCAUGAUGGCAAGCACAACUAACUCAGUCACCGAAGCCACGAGGCCCACAAAGCAACGGCGCACGGGCAUAGAUUCGCGGGAGGCCACCGCUCCGCUACAGAACGCGACGGAGUCGCAGGACAAUGGAAGCAAAGACUGGGCCGAGCCUCCUGCAAGAGCGCCGGCCCCUAGCUAUGCGGAUAGCCCAUGGUCAAAUCACUGCGAUAGUCGGAACCCAGUUCUGAACACGAUGCGCCCUUUAGGGACUCGACCUUCUCCGGCAGACUUGCGGAAGGUCGGCUUGAUGCCCAAGACAAUUCCACCCAUAAUACCUGCCAAAAGAAGGUCUGGAGUCGAGUCUAAUGAGCCUGCGCCACAGAAGGCCAGCUCACUUUAUGACAUUUCCGCGUUUGCGGCGCUUCCCAUUCCCACCUCCGCGGACUUCGACGUGGAGAAGAUCCAAGUGGCCGUCAAGGAGGCUCUACGGAUGGCGACAGAGACCGACAACAUUCCGGUAAGCCGCGGGCUCCUCCACUUGUGGGAAUCCUGUGCCAAUGAUCCCUUUUCAUUAUCUGUGUUGGAGGGUGUAUGCCAAGGAAAUCCUGGCUCGCGGGAGAAGUCAGCAUUUCAGAGCAUCAUGCGGGCCGCCUGGAACGAGGUAAAGGCAGAAGAGGUUCGCGCACAGGCAGACGAGGACAAAGAGCAAACAGAGGUUGACUCAAUGCCAACUGUGCCUCGCGCUCGAUCGGCUAGUAGCGUUUCGUCGUUGUCUUCACUAAAUACAUUUGAGGACGUUGAGGCCGGGGCGGUCUCAGCACAGCUCCCAGGGUCAGCCCCUGGAAUCAAGAUUCCCCGCGCAAAGGCCAAACACACCCGUUCCGCCGGACUCAACAAAGGUGCAGCAGACCUCACAGCUCGCCAUUCUAUGCCACCAACAACGGUCAGCUCUCAACUGAAGCAUGCUUUAGAAGAGGACGAGACGCAGUCUGAAGAAUUAGACAGAAUAGACAGGGUGAAGCGGAUCAAGCUUCGAACACAACUGCCAACCAUCGUCCCUGCCGAGAGUCAAGUCCGACCCUUACACCCUACUGAUAUCCCAACCCCACCAGUUGCUCCCGCUCCCUCAGCUGAAUUUGUAGCAUCAGCCUCUCUCGCCUCCUCCUCUGAAGAAACUGCAGAAAACCUUUCCGACAGUCGAGCCAGCAGUGAAGCUGGUGACAACCGCCGACUCACGCCUACCAUGGUCGAUGUUGAAGACGAGAGACCCGACAACGACGAGAUCUGCCACGAAUGCAACAACAGCGGCAAUCUCCUUUGCUGCGAUGGUUGUACUAAUUCUUACCAUUUCUCAUGCUUGAAACCCCCACUAGACCCAAACAACCCUCCGGAGGGAGACUGGUAUUGCCCCAAGUGUGCCAUGCGACGGGCCUUCCGUUCUUUGACUAGCAGGUUUGAUCAGCGCUUUGGCAAAAAGGAUGUCAAGGACUUUCAGCUUCCAGCCCGCAUUCGGGAUCAUUUCGCCGGUGUUAGGGUGAACAAGAAAGACGGUCAAUCCUACGAGGCCAUAGUUCCAAUGCCAAAGCCUAAAGGUCGACGUGGAUACCGUAAUGGUACUUACGACGAUCCUCAUUUGCUGAGGACAGUGGACGCUCUAGGGACUCCCAUCUUCUGUUUCAAGUGCGCAGGAAGUGCCGCUAGCGGUCGGCCUAUCAUCCAGUGCGAUGUCUGUCCACUAUCCUGGCAUCUGGAUUGUCUUGAUCCGCCUAUGGCCGCGCCCCCCGCUCAAGUUCCAGGAAGUGAUCUUGCGCACCACAACUGGAUUUGCCCUAAUCACGCCUGGCAUGAUUACGUUUACACCUCCAAGGACGAAGAAGGAUACGAUGUCUACAAGCGUAUUCGCCGGCCAAAGCACCCCCGGAUGGUCGAUAUAGACGUUCUCCUCUCCGACGACGAGAUCACCCAGAUGGAGGAUCAGGAAGAAGGCAGCGUCAGGUACCGCGUGUCCGAGCAUGGAAUCAAACACACCUUUAUUAGCCAGGUCAAAAGGCCAGUAGCCCCCAUGAAUUGUGAUUCGACUACCAAUAUUGACUCUGCCGACAGAGAAAACGCGGAGUAUCAACUACUGAAAGCAAAUGCGAGCAAGUUCCUCGAUCAUGCAACCGCCGAGUACGACAAGAUUAUGUCGCACGCCCGUGCUGCCUUACCCCCACAGACACCGCUUAUGACCGACGAGGAUGCGAGCACCACAAUCUCGAAUUCCCGCACCACUGCUGAGCGCCAAGCUGCAGCCAACCUCCUUGCAUUUGCUCAGCGGGAGCACAUCACUCCUCCAGGUGCCAACGAUAGAAUGAGCUUGCUGAUUGACCAACUCCGUGCCAACGCUCCAGAGAUCCGCUCCACAGCCGACACUGAGAUAGCCUCGCUACAGGCCUUGAAGGAUCUCAUCGACCGGCGCAUCCGGGAUUUAUCAGCCCAACCACAAUAG